GAGAGAGAGAGAGAGAGAAAGUCCCAACGAUGGCUGACGAAGACAAACCUCUGGUAAAGAUUUCGGAGGCAUUCAAAGAUCUCGCAGCUACCGUAAAUUCGGAAACCCUAGAUGUCAAAGUUGCGCCCUUCUCUCAUGCUUGCUCUCUCGUGUCCCCUCUCUUUGGCUGCUUGGGUAUCGCAUUCAAGUUCGCAGAGAUGGAUUACGUAGCAAAGGUUCAUGAUCUAGCUGAAGCGUCAAAGUCAUUUGAAACAUUACAAUCUUUACUGGAUCGGGACAUUGAGAACGACUCUGUGAAGAAAGCUGGUAGUCAUUCGAGAAACCUUCUCAGAGUGAAGCGUGGAAUCGAUAUGGUCAGGGUUCUAUUCGAGAAAAUUCAAACUUCAGAGGGAAACUCCCUGAAGGAUCCAGCCUCUGUGGCUUAUGCCAAGGUUUUUGCUCCCCACCAUGGUUGGGCCAUCAGGAAAGCCGUUGCUGCUGGGAUGUAUGCUCUUCCUACAAAGGCACAGCUCUUGAAAAAGUUGAAUGAAGAUGAAGCCUCAGCAAUGGUUCAGAUGCAAAACUACGUCGUUGCUUCUGCACCUGUUAUUCAGUACAUCGACAAUCUAUUUCUUUCAAAGCAGUUGGGCAUAGACUGGUGAAAGA